UUUUUUUCUUUUAUUCUCAUUUUUUAUCUCUCUUUUUUUUUUCUUUCUUCUUUUAAAAUAUUCAUAUCAAUAUCUUAUUUCCAGUAAUGCAGCACCUAUAUUACUCAAAAGACCCUUCUCUUGGUUGACCUAUUCUUUCGGACUAGAUGAACAAUAUUAUGUCAGAAAAGUCGGCUUGGAUGCUACUAUGCAUCUCCGUUUUUUACGAAUGACUGUACAGUUCUUACUAUUACAAUCUUGCAUAGUAUGUCCUAUUCUUAUGGCAAUUCAUUGGUCCAGUGGCUCUUCUGAUGCAUGGCAACAACAACAAAAUAUUGAUUGGAAUCCUUUUGAUAACCAUCACGACAAUAACACUAAUUUUACUUUACCAAUGGAUACUCGACCUAUGGAUCAAUUUCACAGCAAUUCCACUUUGUAUCUCUUAUCUAUUGCCAAUGUUCCCAAUAAACAGCUCAUUGUAUGGGUUCAUGUCUUUUUACUGUACUUCAUCUCCCUUACCUGGCUCUGGCUUUUAUUCGUUAAUCACUGGCAUCACCUAUAUUUAUUACAAACUUGUCCAUCAACGGCCGAAUCAACAAACCUUCCUCAACAAUCACAACUUUUAUCACCGCCUAUCAAGACAAUGAUUACCGAUACUACUGCAAAUGAUCACCAUGGUGACGACGACGACGACGACGAUGAUGAUGACGGUUUAUCUAAUAUAACCACUUCUCCACCAAUAUCAUCAAUAUCUAGUUCAAUUCCAGCUUCUAUCCAUCUUCGGUCUAUUUUGAUCACCAAUAUCCCUCAUCCAUUAAGAAACACGGCAGCACUACGUAAUCAUUUCAGUAUCACUCAAGUAGGAAGCGUUACCUCUGUCACUUUAGUGUACAGAGCAGCAAGUCAUGCCCUGGAUUGUGCUUUAAAACAACGACAAGAAUGGGUGGAUCAACUCGAACGACGAUUGAUACUUUUGGCACGACAAAUCAUACGACGACAGCAUAAACAACAACAAUCUUCUUCCUCACAAAAAGAUGAUGGUAAUAAAGAUUUCUGGUUGGAUUUACCCAAACAAUUAUUAUUGUUUGGUUUACCUAUGGACGAUUUAUUGACUUGGAUGCAUGAUAUUCGCCUUUUGGAUAAUGAAAUUCUUCGGUUACGUGAUGCCAAUCUUUCUCCAGAUUAUUACAAACCUACAGGUACUGCCUUUGUGACCUUUGAAUCUGCGCAUUCUGCACAAAUUUGUGCUCAAGCUGUGACAUGUUGGAAACCUGGUGUCUUUGAUACUACUUUGGCUCCAGAACCAAGAGAUAUUAUGUGGUCUACAUUAUUACGUUUGGGAAGAAAAGAUAAAAUGGUUGGUAAAAUUCGACAAUGGGUAGUGUUCUGUGCAGUAUGGUCUUUGACAAUAUUUUGGUUAUUUCCUAUUUCAUUUAUUCUUGGAUUGACAUCGAUUGAAUCACUUUCUCAACAUUUCGGAUUUCUCAGUUAUUUUCUUGAUACUUCUUUGGUGGUGCGCUCCUUUAUUCAAAACAUCUUACCAACUUUAUUGGUGACUUUAUUCAUGAGUCUUUUACCAUGGAUAUUGCUAGAAAUUUCGAAACAACAAGAUUUCAUAUCUUACUCUGAAUUGGAAGAUUGUGUUCUUGGUAGAUACUAUCAUUUUGCCAUUUUCAACGUAUUGAUUGUGUUCUUGUUGGGAACUUCGUUCUUAUCAAGUAUGCUAGAUGUGUUAUAUGAACCCGCUAAAAUCAUCCAACUUUUGGCCAACUCUUUACCACAAGGUGCUAAUUUUUUCCUCAACUACAUUCUAUUCAACUCUGCAACCCAUGGCAUGGAAUUGUUUCAGUUGGGAUCACAAUUGUUUGGACAUUUGAUUCUUACUCUUCCUGUAUUCUCGAAAACUCCGCGUAAGAUGGCAAGAUAUACCUCACCCUGGGCAUUUCCUUAUUAUUACUACUAUCCCAAUCAUAUUUUGAUACUGGUCAUUACUGUCACUUAUUCUGUUAUUCAACCUUUGAUCUUGAUAUUUGCUCUAUUCUACUUUUGGUUGGCGAUUGUGGUGUAUCGACAUCAAUAUGCAUUUUGUUAUAUCCGGAAAUAUGAAUCUGGUGGUUCAAGACACUAUCGAAGAAUGGCUCGCUACACAUCCGAUGGUCUUUUGAUUUUCCAGUUGACAAUGGUAGGACUCUUUUAUUUGAAAGGUGUAUUAUCUGCAGCAACGGCCAUUUUACCAGUUAUUGUUUUUACUAUUUGGAUGAAAGUGAAACUGACAAGACUUUUUGGACAAAGGGCGAAGUAUCCUUUUGUGGGACAGUUAAGCUCACCUAUGACAACGGCUGCAUCUUCUACUCAAUUCAAUCAUCAAAAUGGCACGACAAGAAAAACUACUACCAUUAAAACUACGUUUAUGCGAUCUUCCAAUCGACUCUCAGCAGAUAUCAUGAAACAAUCGACAUCUUCAACACCACCACCAUCAUCAUCAGAAUCGACAUCAUCAUCUGCAUCAUCCUUGGUCUCUAUGGUAAUAGUGCAUGUGGGAAAUUGGAUUGACGAUAUUUGGAAAUUCUCAUAUCUUCAAUCUUGGUGGAAACAUGGACGUUAUGCAACACAGAGAGAACAAAAGCAAUGGACAUUUAUGACAAUCAAUCCAUCCAACCCAUCACAUCAUAUACAACAAGAAGAAGAAAAGCCUCAGUUUGUAACAUUGGAUAUGAAAUCAUCAAAAGAAAUCGGACAAGAAUGCAAUAUACCGGAAUGGACCAAACAUUAUUGGGAUGAUGGAUGCUCUUUAUACAAUGAUUACCAUCAUCCAUCUCUUUUGGCUUCUUUGGAUCAACAUCUUUUUUUACCCAAUGAUCCAACAUUAAGAAAAUGGAAAUUAUCAAAAUGUGAAUUAAUUUCUUUGAUAGAUCUACAAUAUGCCUUUGAUCAAGUAAUGGAUAAUGUAGAUGUGUCUUUAGUUUAGUUUAUUGUAUUGUAACUGUUUUGUCUUAUAUUUUUUAUAUAUACUUUUUAAUCUGUUAAUAAAUAUUAACUAUCCAAACUCU